AUGACGGCGGAAAACAAUUCCAAUAUGUUCAAUUUUUUGCUUUUGGGGUUUGUAACCGCAAUUGCCUUCUAUUCGGGUACACAAUUCAACAAAGCUGGUGAAGAAGUAGAGCACAUCAGUCACGCCAGUUUGUAUUCAGUGAAGAAGUUUGACGAUGGAGCGAAGGAAUACUCGAUUGUGUUGAUUACUGACUUGGACCAUGAGAGUAAAGAUGGAAAGAAGUGGAGAAGUUUGGUUUCGCGAGGAUUCUUGAAAGUUUCAUCGGACCAGAAGCACGCCGAAAUUCACUUCGACAAAGAUUCUGAGUACUUCGUAGACACUAACAUCGCUGCCGGUGGCCGCGCUAUGGAGUUGUCUGACCUUGCCGUCUUCAAUGGUAAACUGUACUCCAUCGACGACAGAACGGGUCUAAUUUAUCAAAUUAGCGACAAGAAGGCUAUGCCAUGGGUUCUCUUGAACGAUGGACCUGGAAAUGUUAUCAAGGGAAUUAAAGGAGAAUGGAUGACAGUGAAGGAUACUGAGCUCAUUGUUGGAGGAUUGGGAAAAGAAUGGACCACUACCGACGGAGAAUAUGUCAACGAUCAUCCAAUGUGGGUCAAGCACGUGUCGGCUCACGGAGCAGUCCACCACGAGAAUUGGAAGGACGUCUUCAUCCGUGUCCGUAGAGCCGCCGGAAUCGAAUAUCCAGGAUACAUGAUCCAUGAGGCUGUCCAAUGGUCUCCAAUUCACAGAAAAUGGUUCUUCCUCCCAAGAAGAAUGUCAACUGAGAAGUACUCGGAGGCAGAAGACGAGAAUCGUGGAACGAAUGUGUUGAUUGUCGGAAACGAGGAGCUCACUGACUUCCAAGUGAUUAGAAUCGGAUCCGAUGAGCACAAAUCUAGAGGAUUCUCUGCUUUCCAAUUUGUGCCAAACACCCAUCACCAACUUAUUGCAGCAAUCAAAUCUGAAGAAAAGGAAAAACCAGUUGCCAGCUACGCUUGCGUCUUCGAUAUCCACGGAAACGUCAUCCUCGACGACUUCCUACUUCACGGGCCAUACAAAUACGAAGGAAUCGCAUUUGCUUAA